CAUCAGCCCCGCCCCGCGGCGGGAGGCGGCCGGAGCCCGAGCUUCAAAACAAGCCGAGCGCGGCCUCGUCCCCCCGGCUCCGCACCGCUCCUCGGGCCCCUGCAGCCCCCCUUCAUCUCAGACUAAAACCUUCACGGAACAAAGAUGUUGAUUCUUCUGGCUUUCAUUAUUGUGUUUCACAUAACCUCAGCAGCGCUACUGUUCAUCUCGACCAUUGAUAAUGCCUGGUGGGUAGGAAAAGACUUUUCUACAGAUGUCUGGAAAAUCUGUACCAACAUUACUAACUGUACAGUUAUUAAUGAAAACCUGGCAGAAUAUCAAUCAAUACAAGCUGUUCAGGCUACUAUGAUCCUGUCUACCAUUUUCUGUUGUGUUGCAUUUCUGGUUUUCAUUCUUCAACUCUUCCGCCUAAAGCAAGGAGAGAGAUUUGUGUUAACUUCUAUUAUCCAGCUGCUGUCAUGCCUCUGUGUAAUGAUUGCAGCUUCCAUUUAUACAGAUAGGCAUGAAGACCUGCACAAGGCUGAUGAAUAUUUUCAGUUUAAUGCUGCUAGUGGCCAAUAUGGGUAUUCCUUCAUCUUAGCCUGGAUUGCAUUUGCUUUUACUCUGAUCAGUGGUGUGAUGUACCUAAUAUUAAGAAAACGUAAAUAAAUGUCAGCAGCUAGUUAUUUCUGUCACUGCAGUACAAAACCAAAAAAAAUCCAGUAACCAUUUUGUAUAUAAUCGUUUAUGUGGUUUUGUAGUAAAGGUAUUGUUUCUCUAAAAUUGUACUGUGUUCUUGGUAUGAAAAAGACCAGCAAACAAAAAGUUUAC